AUUUUGUUUGUAAAUAGAAAGCAAUCAAUGUCUAAAGUCUUUGAAUUAUCUGUGAACAUGGUUCGAAAGAAGAAGAAAGGCUCCUGAAGACUGAAGUGCGAAAGUCUAAUACUAACUUGCUCGUAUUACUUCUGAUUUCAAACUACUAUUAAGGUUUUGCUGGUUGAGUAAAGUAAAAGAUUGUCCUCAUCAAUUUCCUUUUGCUGGAGUUGCGGAACAUAUGCAAGGAUCCAAUCUUGUGAUGGAGUGAUUAUUGCUUUGAUUUCACUUGAAGAGACUUUUUUAGUUCAUCAUUUUUUUUGGUUUGUGCUUUUUGGGAGUGAGUGAUAUUACAAGUUUAGAAAUGCAGUGUCCUGUUCGUGGUACAUCUUUCUGGGGCAUCUGAGAACUACUUCACCUUGGGUAUUUGAUGGAGUCCUUAAGAAGGAAGAGAAAGGACCUAGAAAUUUUGCCAUCAUUUGCAAAGUCCUCGACUGCUUUAUCAACUUUUAUUUGGCCUUACUUGUCACUAGGAGAUUAUUCAAGGCUGAAAAAGAAGUGUAAGGAAGAUGAAGGUAAGGAAGUUGGUUCUUGUAGGAGUGUAGUUAAAGGAAUUGUCACUGCCCCACAUUGUAGAAGCUUCUCUUUGGAUACACCAUGUAGGGGUCUGAAGAGGAAAAUUGGGUGUAUUGAUGUGGCGACACAAAUGGGUCGAAAGAAAAAGAUCGAGGACCAUUAUGAUUUGGGUGCAAUGAUCGGGAAAGGGAAGUUUGGAUCUGUGGUGUUGUGUCGAAGUAAAGUGACUGGAGAAGAGUUUGCAUGCAAAAUGUUGCGCAAGGGGGAGGACCUUGUUCAUCGAGAGGUGGAGAUAAUGCAGCACCUUUCUGGUCAUUCAGGCCUUGUGACAUUGAAGGCAGUAUAUGAGGAUUCGGAAUAUUUUUAUCUUCUGAUGGAGCUCUGCUCUGGGGGACGGCUGCUUGAUCAGAUGGCUAGGGAAGGACAAUGUUCAGAGCGUCGUGCUGCUCAUAUAUUAAGGGAGUUGGUUUUGAUUAUCAAAUAUUGCCAUGAUAUGGGUGUUGUUCAUCGGGACAUAAAGCCUGAGAAUAUCCUCCUUGCAACAUCUGGGCAAAUCAAACUUGCCGACUUUGGGCUGGCUGUAAGAAUUUCAAAUGGUCAGAGUCUGACAGGUGUUGUUGGAAGUCCUGCUUAUGUUGCUCCUGAAGUCUUACUUGGUGAGUAUUCAGAAAAAGUUGAUAUUUGGAGCGCCGGUGUCCUCCUUCAUGCUCUGUUGGUGGGGAUUCUUCCAUUUCAAGGUGACUCGGCGAAUGCAAUAUUUGAGGCGAUUAAGAAUGUCAACCUGGAUUUUGAGAGUGGAUUAUGGGAGAUGGUCUCUAAACCUGCUAGGGAUCUAAUUGCUCGUAUGCUAACAAGGGAUGUUUCAGCUAGAUUAACUGCUGAUGAAAUUUUAAGGCAUCCAUGGAUCUUGUUCUAUACAGAACCAACUUUGAAUGUAUUUACCACGAAACCUAAGUUUGGAAACCGUGUAAGAUUGACUUCUCCACAACUGACUGACAUAGAUGCGGUGGAGUCCGAGAGAUAUGAUAUAACAGCCAGAAGUUUUCUCAGUGAUGACUCUAGCCUAAUUUUAUCAUUGGGUGGUUCAACAAAGAGGUCAGAUGAGCAAGACUGCGAACCGGUCGAUAUACUUGCAGUGGCAAUAUCACAUGUGAGAAUAUCGGAACCAAAGAAAAGCAGGCUGUGUGGUCCUGCACUCCCUAUCAGACAAGAAUGUUCCUCUAACAUUAAGGUUAACAAUCUUUGUACAGCAUUCUGAUCCUGCUUGUAAAAUGCUGACUCAGCUAUUGCCACAUAUUAGCAAAUAAUUGGAACUGAAGAUAACUCAUUCUGGCUGGAGGGAUAUUAAAACAGUGAAGACGAAGUUCUGUAACAAUAAGAUGACAUUUGUAGGUGAAUGAUGAGGUAACUCAUUUAUUUGUUUAAUCUGGUUUGAGAACCUUGUGAUAUUUAACUCUGUGAGUGUGUGUGUGUGUUCUGAUCUAUUUUCUAUGCUUAGCCUGACCUGGCAUAUGCUGAAAACAUUGCUUGUAAAUUGAAAUCUUGCUGUAAAUAGAAUUUGGGUUGUUAUCUUUUA